UCUUCAUGAAUCUAUGAUUUUUUCAUAGUUUCUCUUUUGAUUUUCAGAAACUUUUGUUCUAGAUUAGAUGCAUAUCUAUACAACAUGUGGUCUUUGGGAAUUAGGUGCAACUACGGGAUGGAUUUUUGAGGCUGAUGGCAAAGGGGGUAGGCUAUUGUUAGUGGAAUCAAAUUGUACUUUAGAUGAAUUAAAAAGGAUGAUUUUGGAGGAUUUUGGUAUGGAAGAAGAAAUCAUAGCCGAUUUGGAGUUAAGUUAUCUACCUGCUGAGUUGAUCAAUACUUCAGGAUGUCCACCUGUGAUCAUUGCAAACGAUCGUCAGCUUCAUAAUUUUGUUCGAUUUGUUCAAAAGAGUGCUUCUACUCGAUUGUGUGUAACAUGUAAAGCCAAGGCUGAGAAUCCGAAUAAAGAAGCCUUUGAUCUUAACAAACCGCCAGCUGAUCCAUGUACUCAUGAAGAGAAAGGAAACUCGUUUGACAAUGGGGACGAAUCAGCUCCUGUGUAUGCUGAGAGGCAGGGGAAUAAGAAGAAUGAAAAGCGGAAAGGAGUCGCAGUUGAUGAGGAUGGGGACUAUGAUGCUGAUACCAUGAUCUCUGAAAAAGAGAACAUACAUAAAAUGUCAAAGUUUUCUCUGCUCCAUGUUGUUAAGGUCGGACAAUUUUUUGAGAACAAAACUUUGUUGAAGGCGACUUUCGAGAUGUGUGCAAUGAAGCAUAACUUUGACUACCAGGUUAUCAAAACGGAUAGACAACUUUGGUAUGUUAGAUGUGCAGAUAAUGCAUGCAAUUGGGGUGUUCGAGCAGAGUGUCUGAAGGAUUCAUCAUAUUUCAUGAUCAAGAAGUAUGUCGGUAAACAUACAUGCGCACCUUCAAGCAAAACCAAAGCGGGUAAGACUGCUUCAGCAAAAACAAUAGGCAGUCUGAUUAUGCAUAAGUAUGUAGGCGUCAAGGAAGGGCCGAAAUGUAAUGAUAUCAUACAGAUUAUGCGUAGUGAUCAUGGAUGCGAGAUAUCAAAAUCUUUAGCAUGGGAUGCGCGUGAAUAUGCGAUCAGUGCAGUUAGAGGUAUUCCAGAGAGAAGUUAUGGGAAAAUACCAAAAUACUUGCACAUGCUGAGAGAGGCUAAUCCAGGUACACACACAUCCUAUGAGAUUGACGGAAAUGAGAACUUUCGUUACCUAUUUAUUGCAUUUGGGCAAUCGAUAAGAGGAUUUAACAGAGUCAUGAGGCGGGUUAUUGUGAUCGAUGGGACCUUUUUGAAGAAUAAAUACAAAGGAGUUUUACUGGUUGCUACGGCUUUAGACGGAAAUUCAAAUUUGUAUCCUAUUGCGUUUGGAAUAGUCGACUCAGAGAAUGAGCGUUCUUGGGAAUGGUUUAUGAGACAACUUAAGGUUGUCAUUGCAGAUGAUCAUGAUUUGGCUUUUAUUUCAGACAGACAUGGGUCUAUCGCUAAGGCAAUUGAAAACGUGUAUCCAUCAGCCAGACACGGGAUUUGUAUUCAUCAUUUGUUGAAUAAUGUGGUCACAUAUUUCCAUGGGAAAGGACUUGCUGGGUUGGUUUCAAAGGCGUCCAAGGCUUAUCGAGUUUCUGAGUUUGAGAAGACAUUUGCUACUGUGUGUAAUAUCAGUCCGGCAAUUGGAGAUUAUCUUAGGGAAGCUGAUGUGCAAAAAUGGGCUAGAUGUCAAUUCCCUGGAUACAGAUACGACAUAAGGACAACCAAUCCUGCUGAAUCUAUCAACUCUGCUUUGCGUUCACCGAGAGAGUAUCCAGUCAUCCCUUUGUUAGACAGUAUCAGGGAAAUGUUAACACAAUGGUUUUAUGAGCGUAAGAAACUGAUUUCAAAGCAUAAACAUCCUCUGACUAAAGAUGUAGAGAAAAAAAUAGAGAGGAGAAUCGGGAAAGGCGCCACAUUUGUAGUUUACCCUGUCAGUGCUGGUCGAUUGCUUGUUAGAGGUGAUAAAUUCGACUGCUUAGUUGAUUUGGAUAGAAGGACUUGUUCAUGUGGAAAGUACACCCUUAUGAAGAUCCCUUGUAGGCACGCAAUUAAAGCUGGUUUUCAUGUUGGAAGAGAGCCACACACAUUGACUGAUUUGAUGUAUACUACAGGAGCUUGGAGAGAAGCUUAUGAAGAAAGCAUAAAUCCUAUUGAUGUUCCUGAGGAUGCUUGGUCUAUACCAGAAGAUGUUAAGAAAGUCAUUGUUUUACCACCACAGACAAGAAGAUCAGUUGGAAGAAAAAGAAAACGCAGAUAUGAAACUGCGGAAGACAAAAUUCGGUCAUCGCAAAUAUCACGAAGAAAGCAGCCUCGGAAGUGUAGUAGAUGUGGUAUUAGUGGGCACAACAGAGCAACUUGUCAAGUACCAAUAUAGUCAGUCACAAAUGGUUGCUCUGUUCAAGUUUGCAAGUGGCGGUAGAUGGCGAGCUAGGCGAGCUUAUUUCAAAGUGCAUUCUCAUCAUUUGGAUAAAUUUCACAGGUUGCUUUGUACGGUUUUUUUCUUCUAAACACUAUAGGUUCUCUUUUCAAUUGGAUAAAUUUCGUUUGGAUUUUUUCUCAUUUUCAUUGUUAAGCAUUGGCAUCAUUCUUCUAAGUUUCAUUGUUAUA